AUGAAUUGUUUUAAGGCUAGUGAUAAGACAGUAAUAACGCUGAAGGAUUUGACGGAGGCGAUAGCAGAAAGGAGUUGCAAUUGCGCCCAAAAUUCCGAAAUUUUGAAAAAAGGCGAUGAGCAUUUACGACUACUCUUGAAGAUAUCCUCGGUUCGCAUUGUAAGCACGCUGCAGAAUCUCGCACAUCAUGUUAACGCUUAUUUCUUUGGCAGUUACGCUGAGUACAAGGUAGUGAUUCUGGAUGUAGCGCUGGCGGUGUCGGUCACCGUUGUAAAGUUCACGAUAUAUGACAUAGUUACCGUCUGA